UUGUGGGAGGAAGAUGUGGCCAGGCAGGGCCUAUAUAAAGAGUGAGCAAGAUGUGGUUUCUUCACGCCUGUCAGAUUCCCUGACUGAGAGUAGAGAUGGCUCCUGUCAUAGCUUUCCUCACAUGCACCUGGGCUCUCCUGCCACUACUUGUGGCAUCUGAAGCCCCUCCAGGCUGUAUUUUCCCCUUCCUUUUCAAUGGCAGAUACUACUCUUCGUGCACCACUGAUGGCAGCCCCGACCAACAGCUGUGGUGCGCCACAACCGACAACUAUGACAAGCAUCGUAAAUGGAAGCCGUGUGCUCUUAAAGAAUAUGGAGGCAACUCGAAUGGAGCAGAAUGUGUUUUCCCCUACACCUACAAGGGCCAUACUUACUACACCUGCACUAACAAAUUCGAAAUAAGAAAGCGGUACUGGUGUGCUACAACAGGAAGCUAUGAUAAGGACAAGCAGUGGAGCUUCUGCGCUGACACCAGACUAGAUGCAAAUUUAGCUACGGGGCCCUGCAUAUUCCCUUUCGUCUUCCAAGGCAAGUGGUACAAAGCUUGCACAACAGAUGGGAGAAUUGAUGGGAAGCUCUGGUGCUCUCUUGUCACCAACUAUGAUGAAAAUCCAACGUGGGCGUACUGUGAACCCUCAAAACCUGCCUCCUGCGUCUUUCCCUUCAAGUUUAGGAACAAGUCACACUCCUCGUGCACCAAAGAAGGAAGUGUUGAUGGGCAGCUGUGGUGUGCCACAACUCCAGACUAUGACAAAGACAGCAGUUGGAAAGGAUGUUCCCUCCAAGAGUAUGGAGGGAACUCCAAUGGCCAGCCCUGCUGGUUCCCUUUCACCUUCAACAACCAGACAUAUGAUGCCUGCACCAAUGAGGAUGACGACGGCGAGAAGAAUGGGGGAUACUGGUGUUCCACUACUCCAAACUACGACGAGCAAAAGCUAUGGAGCUUCUGUGCUGACACAAAUUUGAGAAGUGGGGAAGUUUUAUUACCAGAUGGAGAAUCUACAAGGAGCUGUUUCUUUCCUUUCACCUACAAAGGCAAGACUUACACAAGCUGUACUUCAGUUGGGACAAUAAACUGGAAGUACUGGUGCUCUCUCACCAGCAACUAUGAUGCACAACGCCAGUGGAAAUACUGCGAACCUUCAGAUUUGAAAAAACAAGAUGAUUAUCAGCCAUGAAGACAAGCGAGACCGGCAACUAUCAGAAAGAUUACAAAAACCAACCAACCAAUAUCUUGGACACCUGUGAUUCCCACUACACUGUUUCACUAGUGGAGAGUGGCUAGUUUUCAUCUGGGCCUAUCCUGUUUGCACCUAUGCCACAACUAUGGAUAAAGUCUCUUACAGACUGCAGCUGCUCUUCAUCCCUGGCCGAGGAUUCUGCUAGGGACCCAGUCUCUGAAGAUGUUUUACCCUCAUCAUCAAUGAACAGCAGUUCAGAAGCACCACCAGCAUAUCUAACACUGUCGUCACUUUCAUCCUAGAUUUUCUAACUGAUACACAAACUCCUCCCCCAUCCUUUACUCACAUGAUGAGCAACUCUGUGCUCAGUUGCUGAAAAACCAAAUCUAUUCUUGCAGCUGUAGUCUUUUGGAUUAUACACAUGGUAGGACUAAGUCAUAUAAAAGCAUAGUAAUUAAAAUUAGUAAUUAAAAUCAAGCAGUAAUAUAAUUGUGUAUUUUCUGUACAGCCAUGAUUUCACUCCCUUAACAAUGAAUAUAUUGGUUCGCAUCUCGGUUAUCAUUAAUCAUCUACAGAUUAUUAUGGUUGGGCAGAAGAGUGUAAAUAGGGUAGGCCUGGUGAAAUGUUAGAAGCUGGAGUGGUGUGAAUAGACAAGG